GGCGUUUAUAUUUGGGGCGCGCGCCGCGCCGCCGCGCCGCCCGCGCCGCCAGUGAGCGCCCGCCCCGACGCGCGAGUACGUCGCUCUGCUCCCGCGCACCCGAGCCGUCGCCGCGGUGACACAUUCUUCAUUACUGAAAUCGUGACGUGUGGAAGGCAGCAUGGUGGCAGGAGACGUGACGAGGCGCGCGUCGCUCACGGCGCCCUCGAUGCACCGCCGGUCCUCGGUGCGCCGCGGCUCGCUCAUCAAAGGCUCGCAGUCUCAGUCCCAGGAGGUGCCCUGGGACAUCAUCGACCGGUGCGCGCUGCCCAUCGUGCUGUGCCACGCGCUGGCCGUGGUGCUGUCCACCGUCCUCAACGCGCUGCACCUCAGCACCAUCUCUGUCUUCACCCUGUUCCUCUGGUUCGCCAUCUCCGUCACCGGCUCGCUUUGGUUCUACCACAAUCUGCGGGUGACGGCGGCCGGUAAGGCGGUGUUGGUGACGGGCUGCGACAACGUGCUCGGCAACGCCGUGGCGCGCCGGCUCGACGACCUGGGCUACCACGUGUUCGCCGGCUUCCAGGCCAAGGCCGGCAACAUCGACGCCGACAUGCUGAAGGAGGACUGCUCCGGCCGGCUGCACACGUUGCAGCUGGACAUCACUUCUGAGACACAGAUCCUGUCUGCGUCGCUGUACAUCGUGGACCACCUGCCAGAGGGCGCGCAGGGGCUGUGGGCGAUUGUGAACUGCGAGUCGUGGUGCGCGCUCGGCGAGCUCGAGUGGGUGCCGUUCUCCGUCAUCCGGCGCGCGAUGGAGGUCAAUCUGUUGGGUCCGUCCCGGCUGGUGCAGGUGAUGCUACCGCUGGUGCGGCGCGCGCGCGGGCGCGUGGUGCUGGCGUCGUCCAUCCUCACGCACGUGGCGGCGCCGGUGCGCGGCGUGCACGCCGCUUCGCUCGCCGCGCUCGACGCACUCGCCGCCUGCUUGCGCCGCGAGCUCAAGCCGCGCGGUGUCGACGUGGUGGUAGUGGCGGCCGGAGAAUACACGACGGGCAGCGCCUGGCUGUCGGAGGAGAAGCUGCUGGAGCAGGCGCGCGACAUGUGGAAGAGGCUCAGCGACGAGCAGAAGGGCGCCUACGGGGAGGACUACUUCGAGACCGCGCUCCGCAGCCUCGAGAAGUACACCAAGGGCGCUGACGCAGACCUGACGGCGGUGACCCGCGCGCUGAGCGACGGCGUGACGCGCACGUUCCCGCUGGCCCGCUACACGCCCGUGUCCCCGCGCGAGAAGCUCAAGUCCAUCCUGGCCGAGCACCUGCCGCGCUCCCUCUACGAGGGGCUCUACGCCGACUAAGCCACCACUGCCUUCGGACUACCGACCAUCAAGCUUUUCCAUAUUUAACUUACCACCCUAUUACUUUGUCGGUGGCCUAUCGUAAUACCUCCGAGCCCGAUUGUACAGUUCUUGAACAAUAUCUUCUUUUGUAAUCUUCCUUUCGGUAUGUGGGCAGGGCACUUUGUCACGGGUUUUAAUUAAGAGGUUCAUUUUAUCGGAUAUUUUAACGGUAGCCAUCAUUAGGUUGCUUCAGAUGCUCGAAAGACAAACAGUCCAGAAACAGAAGCCCCGCGCGGCGGGGCUCCGUCAACUCAUGGAACGAAUCUAGCGUAUAUAAAGAUUGGCCUUUGACAUAUUUAUUACAGGUUUUUGAAUACAAGAGAUAUGGAUACGAGUACUUAAACCCUUUCCAUGAACGCGGCAUAAGCCUAACGCUAGCGUGUACAAUUGUGCAUAUUGUGCAUGUAUUUGCGCAAAGUUAGCGAUCUAUUUAAUCAUCUCAUGAGAGACGUGCUUAGUUAUGUUGUUAUCACGAUUUUUAUUCCCAUAAAGCUGUAAAAUGCUUAUAGAUAACGAUAUAUAAGUAUUUUACACCUUCAACAUACUAGUAACGCUUAUAAACGACAACCCUGUAAAUAAAAUUGAUUAACGUUUCGGCACCUUUUAUUCAAGUAAAAUAGGUGCCCAAACAGUCCUCAUUGUAUUCUGAUGCCUUUUUAAUAUAAUUUUUGUAGCAUCAUCUUCUAACAAGGGAAAAUUUAAAAUAUCCCUGAGAUUGCUUUUGCGUGCAAAAUUCAAUCUCAAAAUUACAACGUGGUUGUGUCUACACAAGAUGCAAAUAAGCGAAUGAGAAAAUUAAUAUGAGAUCCAUCGGGCCUGAUAAUUAAGUUAGGUGAAGUUGGUCGCCGAAAAUGAGGCCAUACAACGUCGGCUCGGGCUUGCAUAAGCUGCAAAGUUGGAGGAACUUCGUUGGUCAUUUAACCAGCUCCCACUCCCCACUUAAACACGUUCGCGGAACUCCGACAUGAACUGAGGCGAGUUUUCUAUUCAAUUAAACAUUUUCGUUUUCAUCUGGUUAACUAAAUUGCACUUUUUCUUAUUAGUAAUUAUUGCAAAUAAAAACUAUUGUAUCUUACGAUUGAACCGAGUGUCAGAAUUCAAAGUUCUAUAGUAAAGUAUUUCUACUAUUGUUACAUAUUAUGUGGUACUUAGUAAAAUAAUUUUCAAAUCGUUAAGUUAAAGAGAUAAGUACUUAAAUGGGCGCUAAAGUCUAAUCUUUUUCAUUCAGUAAAUCAUUUCUAUAAAAGACCCUCGUCAAAUAUAUUAGAUAACAAACGUCCGACUGACUGUGGCCGACAGCUUCCAAUUAGAGGUCUGUAAAAUUUUUGAGAUCUGAAUAAGUCAAGACAUGUUUUUUUUUCGGAUUUACGACUUAAAAUAAAAAGUUCAUUAAUCAUAAUUAGUACAUACUUAUUUGAAUAUAAUAUAUCCGGAUUCAGAGUUUAAUGUUAGUUAUUCUUGGAAACAAUGUUUUUAUUACGCCCUAGAGUCUACAAGAAGUUGCUUCCCACAAGCGAACACUGUUAUUUCCGUAAGUAAUGGAUACUUACAGCUAUGAAUAUCUAUUACAGCGGCGAAGUAAUUUCUGUUUAAUAAGUUGGUCGGUAUUUCACUGCGCGCGCUCGACGCUAAAUGAUUGCUUCCUUUUGCAACUUGCAACUGGAGCCUAACGCACGCUUUUAUGGUACCUAAACCAUAUUUUAAUAUACGUUUAUGUUUUGCUUAUUUUUUUAAAGUUCGUUCGUAAUAUUUUUUAUACCGGGUCUCUCAAUGCCGAUGAUUAAUUGGGAACUGCAAGCUACAGCCAGCGUUCGAUAUCGCCUUUGUUAAUUAGCUCUCGAUCAACCGUGUCAGCGGCAUAUGUUUCGUUGAAUAUUGAACUUUUAAAAGCCUUGAAUUUUAAUUCUGCUUCACCUUUUAUUCAUAAAUAUUCAAAGCGACAACGAACACUAAUAAUACUAUCAGAAUUAAUAUGAAAGCGUCGUAAAAUAACUUGCCAACGCGUUUCAGACCACUUAGUCGCGUCGCAGAUGCACAGAAGGUUAGUUUUGAAACUUCUUUGCGCUAAACGCGAUGUGUCAGGGUAAGUUACACCUAUUACCAUGUUUUACUAUUAUAGAGACCGAGCGCACCAGUCUUGAAAGAUGAUUCACCGUUAACUCGGCAACAUUUGUCACGAUGUAUCUACACAUGCUGGUGUGGUCGGUCCUAAUUGUAAAUGACUAGGUAUUACAUUAUAUUUAGUCAGUCACUCCUGUGUUCUGUGUAGGCGAGGCAGCGUCCACCAAUCAUUAAUGUAACCAAAAAUGUUGAUUACUUUGCUUAUAAAUAUUUUAAAAUAACAAGGUUCAGGUAAAAUACCACCACAAAAUACCCAGAUAUUGAAUUUAUGUAAAUUGACCUGUUUGUGUUACACGCUGACCGAGCCACUACGGUGCAUGGAGGAAACCAAUUACGUUAUGUAUUUACUUUUGUAUCCAUACAUUGUAUGUAUAUGUAUUUGAUUUUGUUGAUUGAUCAUGUUGUUUUUUUAGAGUUUAUGUUUAGAUAUUAGAAUAACGGCUUAGUCAACUACACUCGAGAAUAGUUUUUAUUGUUCUUGUUUAUAGAUGUUGCAUUUGUUAUCUCGCUCUAAAAUUAAUCCACUAUAUAUGAUUAAGAUUAUGUAUUGUUUGUUUAAUGACAAUUUGUUUUUAUAUAAUAAUCAAAAAUGCCGAUAAAUGUUAGUCGGUCCCUAUUAAUGUCAAAUCUUGUAUGUAUUUCUAUUGAUAUACAUAUUUUAUCAUACAUAUGUAUAUAAUUUGUUGUACUUUUCUGUUUAUAGUUUUAAAGCCAAAUGGGGAAGUAGCUGAGCGGGAGGUGUGACAACAUCUUCAUUGAACGAAAAAAGUGUGAUUUAUACUGGGUAAUCCAUCUUUGAACAAAAGAAUGUGCCGAUCUCGGAGAAAACGAGUGACGACGCAACCGAAGUAAACGGAAUUGAGUAUGUUUGCUGAGGGGCGCACGCCCGGCGCCCGGCGCCCGGCGCAGCGUCUUCGCCACGCAAAUGAAGUCGAGAUUUUGAAUUUCGAACGAGAGUUAUAAAUUGCUCGAAGUUGGAUUACUGUGCCUGAGGUCUAAAAGCAUGGUGACAUUUUCACAACCUCUCAUCAUCAUGACAUUAACGUUUGUUUUCACAUAAAUCAGUCACACCUCGCCUUUCUACUUCUGCUGCAGGCUGUACUUUUCUCCGUUUGUAUUCUUAAAUAGUAUUGGUAUUGUAACAAAGAGCGUGAAAGAAUUUCGUCAUCCAGCCAAAUCCAUUUGGAUGACUACAGGCAUUUAACUUACGAGAGAGCAAUUGACAAGAUUUGUUACGUGUUGAUAUAUUUCGAAUUAUUGUGUUUGUAUUUUUAAUAAAAUAAUAAAGCAUAA